UACAACAUAACAUGCAUAGCAUUUAACCAGAACUAUUAUAUUUCAGUGAUGAACUGACUUUGUAUAUUAAUGUGCCAUAUUUGUUGAAAGGAUAAUUUACUGAAAGAAUGUCGGGAUAUUGUUACAUGUCAUGCAAUAAAACUGACAAUAAAUUGGCCGAAAUGAUAAAAGAGUGCCUUUCUUCUGGACAGUAUGACGUCAUAUCUUCAGGAAGCACCGAAUGUAACUAUCAGAGUCGGAGAACUCGAAUUCUCGACUGUAAAGUGUUCAUUGCCAUUAUAACACCCGAAUUUAUAAAAAAGGACAUUCAUUUGUAUGAACUUUCACUUGCCUUGGAUCUUGGGAGAAAAAUUCUAGUGUUACAACAUGACUUGGUCCAGGAACUUCCCUCACCAUUUCCUGUCUUGCAAUUUGUAAGAUGGCAUCAAGAUUUGUCCAUCUUGGCGAACACAGUUCUCCAGAUACUUCAGGAGAAAGAAAAAGAUUUUCUGGUUGCAAACUAUUUAUUUGACAACGAUGCCCUCAAACGAUUUAUCUGGAAGUUUGAGGAAACACAAAUCGGACGGCAGUUAUACCCUCAUGUAAAAUCGGGGGAAUAUGCAUCAUCAGAACUUCAACUCAUUGACAUUAAAACAACUUUAGUUACUCUCUGUGAGGGCAUCAACAAAAUUCAAGAUUCACCCGCACUAAGGAGAAAAGUAAGCAGACGACAGUUUCCUAGUGACAUCAGGCGCGUGGCACGGCGUUACCAGGAUGUGAUUGCCUAUCCAAUCAUACGUCAGUUCGGUCGCUAUCUUGAUCUUGAGGAGGAUGAGCUUAACGAGGUUGAAAGAUUUUCAGAGUAUGGAACAAAAGAGGCUUUUUGGCAGACUAUCCGUUUCUGGUUGGAAAAGAAGGAUUCCUCGGAACUUACUGUUGGAACGAUCAUAAAAGCAUUGAAGGAGUGUGACGUGAAUCUAAAAGGAAAACAAAUGAGCAAUGCCCAUAGAAAGGUCCUGAGAUCAAAAUUAACUUUCUUAGUUGAUAACAUCCAGACAGAACCAUUGAUUCCUUCUUUGGUAUCAAAACAUGUUCUCUGUGACGUCACAAAAGCGUACGUUACGGCGCCAAAAACAAGGGAUCAGCGGAUUAAUAGACUUGUCGAUGUCCUGAUGACCAAAGAUGACGGACUCUUUGUUUUAUGUGAAAUUCUACGGAAUUCGGGAUAUCAAUUUGUUGCUGAUGAAAUCAAAGGCGAUGUUGAUAAAAUUCAGUCUGUGCAAAAGUCUAUUACAACUAUGAGACCUCAAAGUGGAAGCGUGUCGUCUGAUUGCGAAGCUUUUGUGAAACAACUACUGAAUCGUUUGUCUGCAAGCAGCAACUGUAGCUCAUUAUCCAGCAGACACAACUCUACGUCAUCAACGAAGAUCGCAACUGUUGCACAUAGUGUUAAUAGGAACGACACAAACUGUACAAAAACUGAAGCAGAAUCACGGGUCAAAAGUGAGAGGAAAGUGUUAUGCUCAAAGUGUGAUAGACAAAUCUACAAUGAUAUGACUGGAGCACAUCCGAAAUCUAAAGAUAAAACGAAAAGGAAAGGCUCCUCAACUCGAAAUGAUUGUUGCAUAUUAUUAUAAUAGUUGACAAGAUGGAUAAGUUGAUUUAAUUUUAAACAAAGGUAUUUGAAAAUUUGAUUAAGUCGGUUUAAUUCCACACAUUAAAGUUAAAAAAAAUUGAAUGCAAGUCAAAUUGAUGAAAAGACAUUUUAAAAAAUUACGAUUUAAUUAUCACUAUGAUUCUACCGCUUAUUUACUGGUUAUGACUGGAGUGGUAAUGUUAUAUAAAGAGUGUGAUAAUUAUCAAGAACAUAAAAUAAUUGUUAUAGAACUGUUGAACAGAAUUCUAUUAUUUUUCAGAUGUUGAACAUAUGGUUAAUGCUUUUUAUUAUGUAGUAGUUGUAUAAGUAUUUAUGUUAAUUUUAGAUUUAUAUACA